GUAAACUCUCUUUUGGCUUCCUUUGGAGGAGCUACACAAGGCAAAAUGCGAGCGUAAAGUAGAAAGACGUUAAGUUAGUGGGUCGCUUUUAUCGAGAAAACGUUUUUCAAACGAUUCCAGAGGAUUACCGUGGCUUCAGAAGGAAUUUACUCAUAAGGCACCUGCUUUCAGAAGGACUUUGUCUACUCUUUGUUGUCGUAUUUUUAAAGUAACCCAGUGUUUUAGAAAGGGAACACAUUAUUUCGUUGGAAAGUCGUGUUUAUUGUUCCGUUUGCCUACUUUUCCAUUACUUUGAGCUUUAAUAACGGAACGUCUUUGACAAAAUUGACUUUUUUGGGAUUUGUCUACCUCUUUAUUUGCUGUGAUUUGCGUUUGGUGUUUGCAAACAAACAUUUGGAAGGGGUUUUUCGCUUUCGUGUGAUUUACUAGUGAAACACUGUUGCCUUUCUAACCGGUGGUUGAUACCUUUCCCUGGAGCUGGAGCUGUUUAUAGCAUCACUAUCAUGUAACGUUGCUCUUGGACGCACAUGUGCUUUUUAAAUCACGGACAGUAAACGGCAUUGAGAUGCAGAAGUUCUGCCUGACGGUCCUGCUGGUGCUGCGAGGCCUGAUCAUCUGCGUCUGCUCCAGCGAUCAAGCACAGCAGCAACCCGGACUCAACAGGGACACCACUGUGAUCCCCAUAGAUCCAUGCCUUCAAAUGAGUCCUCCGUGUAUUACGGAGGCGGAUCGCUUCAGCCUGGAGGCUCUUCAGCACAUCCACAGAGAGAUGGAUGAUGAUCAGGAUGGAGGCAUCGAGGUGGAGGAGAGUGUGGAGUUCAUCAUUGAAGACAUGCAGCAGCAGCAACAGGCAAACAAGCACAGUAAACUCCAUCACGAGGACCAGCAUAUCACUUUGGAGGAGCUUUGGAGGGGCUGGAAAUCAUCCGAAGUUCAUAACUGGACCCAGGAGGAUGUAUUACAGUGGCUAAGAGAGUUUGUGGAGUUGCCUCAGUAUGAAAAGAGCUUCAAAGAGCUGCGUGUCAGUGGAAACACUUUGCCCAGAAUUGCUUCCAAUGAGCCAUCAUUCAUGAGCAGUUAUCUGAAGAUCCAGGACCAGCAGCACAAACAAAAACUCAAGCUCAAAGCUCUGGAUGUAGUUCUGUUUGGCCCACCAAUACGACCCCCACACAACUGGAUGAAGGACGUUCUUCUGAUAGUGUCUAUAGUUAUGGGAAUUGGUGGAUGCUGGUUUGCACAUGUACAGAGUAAAUCAUCUAAGGUGCACAUUUCAAAGAUGAUGAAGGAUCUGGAAAGCUUGCAGAGAGCUGAACAAAGCCUCAGAGAUUUACAGGAGCAGCUGGAAAAGGCCCAAGAGGAGAAGCGCACAGUGACAGUAGAGAAGAAGAAUCUGGAGGAAAAGAUGAGGGAUGAGAUUCAGGGUGCUCAAGAAGAAGCCAACCGUCUGCACAGACUGCGAGAUGGAGCGGUGACUGAACUCAGCCGUCUGUGGUAUGCGGAGGAGGAGCUCGAACAGGUGCGUGGUGCACUGAAGAGGGCAGAGAAAGACAUGCAGACCCUUUGGUCAGUUCCUGAAUCCUUGCAGCUGUGGCUACAGCUCACCCAUGAGGUGGAGGUCCAGUACUACAACGUCAAGAAGCAAAGUGCAGAACAACAACUCAUCACAGCUAAAGAUGAGGCAGAGAAGAUCAAGAAGAAAAGGAGUUCAGUUUUAGGUACCCUACAUGUUGCACACAGCUCCUCACUGGAUCAAGUGGAUCAGAGAAUUCUGGAGGCCAAGAAUGCUCUAGCAGAGGUGACUGCAUGUUUACGGGAGCGUCUGCACCGCUGGCAGCAGAUUGAGGGCUUGUGUGGUUUUCCUCUGAUGAAAAACGCGGGUCUGCCCAAUCUCACCGCUACACUCUAUCCAGACCCCAACUGGAUGCUCAUGCCUCGAGCUGCACUGCAGUCCUACCAAGUGCCUGUUUCAGUGGAGGACAUGGAGGAGGAAAUGCCACAGAUUAUACCACAGAUUCCUGUAACAGUUGCACCUCUGAAGUGUUCUCCGCGGUCUCUGGUUCGCUCCCGUCGAUCUGGGCAUAUGGUUCCAUCGCCUGUCAUUGUAUCACCUGACCCAGACCUCCUGAUACCCAUACGAUCUCCACAAAGCCGAUAUGGAGAGGAUGAAGAAGGGCAUAUCAAAUACACCCCUAUUGUGAAACAGGAGUCCAUGGAAACAUCCUCAGAUACUGAGUCUAUCGGGUCCUCCAUUAGCCGAAAGUACAGUACCCUUGACGUACCUCCUCGAAGAAAAUACAUUUUCUCCGAUAAAAUGCCUCGAAAGAUCUCCCUGGAUGAACAAGAGGACACUUCCUCACGCAAAAUCUCCCAGGAGGAGAUGGACGAGUCUUUGAUGGUGAACACCUCAAGGAAAGCAUCACGAGAGGAACUGGACAUCAAUACUCCAUCAAGAAAGACAUCUAGAGAAGAAUUAGACGAACCUCCUAAACAACUGGUUAGAGGAGAAACCGAGAUUUCCUUUGAUUCAAGGAAAUUACCCAGAGACCUGUCUUUAGAUUCGACAAUGAGGUACUACUCUACAGAAAAGAUGUCUCCAGUUGCGAUCAGCAUGGACAGUCAGAGACAACGAUCGAUCAGAGACAGAAAAGAUCACAUGGACAGCAUUUCUAGAGUUAUACCGAAAGCAGAGUUUGAUAUUGAUACCACACCUGGAUCUAGAUAUGCAGAUGCCUUACUCAGCACAUCCAUUAAACACAAAGAAAACCUGGACUUUGCAAGCAACAUCCAGCGAGGAAGAAUGUUUAGAGAAAACUCUUUUGAUUCCAACUUUGAUAGUUCAUUGGAGAGCUCAAAGAAAUUGAAGAUGUUAGCCAGAGCAGAUAUACCCAAGGACAUCCCUUCACGAAUGAUGGCGCAAGAUGAAUUCGAUGUGUCCGCAGAUUUGGAAAGACUAAAAAUGAGAGACAUUGCAAUGGAGACUCCUUCGAGGAACAUACUGAGAGACGAGUUUGACAGAAGCAAGUCCUUAAAAGAAAACAGGGAUAUCCGGAUGGAAAUUCCUUCAAAGAAACUCUCUCGAGAUGAGCAAGAGGUCGUGAUGGAGACACAACGGAUUCAACGCAAGCUAGACAGCUCUCUGGAAACUCCAAUUGGUAAAAUACAGAGAGAGAUCGUGGGUGUGUCUGUCGAGGCUCCAAGGCGCAAGAUUUCGCAGGAGGAGUUUGUGGUUACAAACCCAGGACAGUUUGGCCCUCCUGACCUCACCGUUAGUUCUUUGAUGCUCUGCAAAUCACCCCUGGAUUCAAUCAGCACACUAGUGUAUGAUGGGAUCUUGGAAAAGUCCUAUGAAAGCCCUCUCAUGUCUAGUCCUGGUAAUCUCAGUCAUGCUGCAUCAGUGUCUAGCUCUAUCCAAAGCCUUGUGGGAAAUGAAGGACAAUCAGCCCAUUCGUCAUCUUCAGAAUCUGGCGGCAAAGAAAAAGGCAAGAAAACCUCUAAGCUCAAGAGUUUGUUUAAGAAGAAAAAGGAGAAGGAUAAAGACCAAUGAAGAUCAACAACAAGUAGGAAUUUAGUCACUUUUAAAAUGUCUGAAGAUCUUCAAAAAAUUGGCUUAGAAACCUGCCUUAUAGAGUUAAACUGAACAUGCUCAAUGCUUUAUAUUUGGAUGUUCUCACAAAAUGUUUUUCGCUGGAUUUGAUACGAAUCAUGAAAUAACCUGUUUAAUGGACCCUCUGCUAAAUGAAUGCAGUCUUGUAAAAAACGGAGCAGAACUCCACCUUUGGAUUGGAUUCAUAUUUACUCUUUAAUAAAGAGGCUCCAAUCUUUUUUAAGCAAUGCCACAGGAAAAAAAAACAUGCUCUCUAAAGAAUGUUUCAGGUAACAACUGCACAUUUUACAAGGCUGAACAACACUUUUCCAGCAUAAAGAACAUUUUGUGUGUGGAAAGUGUGCAUUGAUUUUAAAUGUUCAUUAUGGAACCAUACGUGUCAGUAAAGAACCUUUUUUUUAAGGGUAUUCAUGUUUAGGCCUGUCAAAUUAACUAUAUUUUGUUGUAUGAUAUAUUGCACCAAAAUAUAAACGGUAUAAUAAGAGCAUUUUAUGCUAGUCAUUAUAUAAUGCCAGAACGAAUAUAAUAUAUUAUAUAAUAUCCCAAUGCAAGUACACUCCUCCAAAGAACACAUAACAUUAAUUAUUGUCAUUUUAACAAUUUAAUUAAUAGGCAUUGAAAUCAGAAUGUGAAAAUGCAUAUUGUAAAUAAAUAAUAAUAAAUGAUAACUAAAAAGUGCAAUGGUAAAAGGUAACAGAGGCUGUGAUAUCUGCUACCAGAUCUAUUUUCAAUUGUUUUCAGUCAUUUAUAAUAAAUACUAAUGUUUUUUAGACCAUACUGACACUGACACCUCCAAUAGAGAUGGUGAUGUUGCACAAUCAGCUAAAAUGCUGUUAGAAUUGGUUUUUAUGUAUGGGCGGUAUAUAUUGUAUCACCAAAAAUGAUUGAGAUCAUGUGCAUGUGUUUUGCGAUAUAUGGAUUUUUGUGACAGGCCUAUUCAUGUUCUGUCCAGUAAAGGUUAUUUUUAUGGAAGAAAAACAA